UUUCUGGAGCAACUUGGCAAGCCUUUUCUCGAAGGGGGCUUCUGGGGGAGGUCGUUGGAAUCCCCUCCAGUGAUUUCCCCGAGGAAGAACCCCUCAUCUUUCCCUCAGUGAUACCCCAAUAUAGCGACCCCCAUCUGUGGGACCCCCACAAUCCUUGAGACCUCAACCCUCUCAAGAUGAAUUACCUGCGCAGGCGACUCUCUGACAGCAACUUCAUGGCCAACCUGCCCAACGGCUACAUGACGGACCUCCAGCGCCCUCAGCCGCCGCCGCCGCCGCCCAGCGCCACCUCUCCGUCGCCGGGCAGCAUCUCCCCAGCUGAAAGGCCACCGGCUGCCCCCAGCCCUGGAGCAGGAGGCGGCAGCGGCGGCGGAGCCGGGGGUUUUUUCUCGUCGCUCUCCAACGCGGUGAAGCAAACGACGGCGGCGGCAGCAGCCACCUUCAGCGAGCAAGUCGGCGGGGUUGCCGGCUCUGCAACGUCCUCGGGACGCAGCAAAGUACUGCUGGUGAUCGAUGAGCCAGGGACAGACUGGGCAAAAUAUUUCAAGGGGAAGAAACUUCAUGGGGAACUGGACAUCAAGGUUGAACAGGCAGAAUUCUGUGACCUGAACUUGGUGGCUCAUGCUAAUGGCAAUUUUUCUGUUGACAUGGAGGUUAUGCGCAAUGGGAUCAAGGUAGUACGGAGCCUGAAACCAGACUUUGUCCUGAUCCGCCAGCAUGCCUUCAGCAUGGCUCGUGGUGGAGACCAUCGUGGCAUUGUUAUUGGCUUGCAGUAUGCAGGCGUGCCCAGCGUCAACACUUUGCAUUCGGUGUACAACUUCUGUGACAAGCCUUGGGUGUUUGCCCAGAUGGUCCGCCUGCAUCGCAAACUUGGUCCGGAAGAAUUCCCCCUCAUUGACCAGACGUACUAUCCCAAUCAUAAAGAGAUGCUGACAACGUCCAAAUACCCAGUGGUGGUAAAGAUGGGACAUGCUCAUUCCGGAAUGGGAAAGGUCAAGGUGGAGAACCAAUAUGAUUUCCAGGACAUUGCCAGUGUGGUAGCUCUCACCAAGACCUAUGCCACCUCAGAGCCUUUUAUCGAUGCCAAAUAUGAUAUCCGUAUCCAGAAGAUUGGCAAUAACUACAAAGCCUACAUGAGGACCUCUGUUUCAGGCAACUGGAAAACCAAUACUGGCUCUGCCAUGUUGGAGCAAAUAGCCAUGUCAGAUAGGUACAAAUUAUGGGUGGACACCUGUUCAGAAAUCUUUGGUGGUUUGGACAUCUGUGCAGUAGAAGCUCUACAUGGGAAGGAUGGACGUGACCACAUCAUUGAGGUAGUGGGAUCAUCCAUGCCUCUGAUUGGAGACCAUCAGGAUGAGGAUAAGCAGCUGAUUGUGGAGCUGGUACUGACCCGCAUGGCCCAGGUCAUUCCUCGCACACCAGUGCCCUCCCCUGUGCGUUCCGCCUCAGGACAGCAUGCCCAGACUCAGUCAGCUCAAGCUGGACAGAGACAGGGCCCUCCAGCCCAACAGAGACCUCCACCCCAAGGAGGACCUCAGCAGCCACCUCCAGGCUCCCAGCGCCCUCCCUCUCAGCAGCGCCCCCCUCCCCAAGGCCAGCAACUCUCCGGCCUUACCCCACAGCCUGGUGGUCCCACAAUGGGUCAGCGUCUGCCCAGCCCCACUACCCAGCAGCCCCCGCCACAGGCUCAGCAACGUCCUGCAGGGCAGCGCCAGUCUGGGCCUGGAGUCCAACAGUCUCGCCAGCAGGGGCCACCCUCCGCUCCGCAGUCCCCGCAGCCCCAGAGAGGGCCGAGCCCCAGUGGUGGCGGACAGCAGCAGUGGCAGCAGGGUUCCCCCCAGCAGCAGCGGCCCGCAGGGCCUCCCCUGCCCAAGACAGCGUCUGGGGGCCUCCCAGGUCAACAGCAGCAGCCCCAGCAGGCACAGCGCCCUCCAGCAGCUGGCGGUCAACCACGGCAGCAUCCACGGCAGGGCAGUCAAGGGGGCCUGGCUCAGCAGCGCCCACCAGGAGCAGGAGCCCAGCAGCAGCGCCCAGCACCACCCACCACCCAGCAGCCGAGGCCCAGCACUCAAGGGCAGGGCCCUGGUGGCCCAGGGCAACAAGGGAACCGCCCUCCACCAAGCCAAGGAAAGCCACAAGUUGCUCAGAAACCCAGCCAGGAUCUGCCUCCUCCACCCCAGCCCCAGCUGAACAAAUCCCAGUCUCUGACCAAUACCUUCCCCCUUGCAGAGGUACCGGCGCCGCGGGGCAGCCUUAGUCAGGAUGAAGUGCGUGCCGAGAGCAUCCGCAGCCUCCGACAGAGCUUCGCCAGCCUCUUCUCCGACUGAGAGACUCCCCCCUCUGUCCUGCAACCCUUCACUUCCCUGGGCCUGGACCCCCUUCCUUGUCUUCUGAGACUCUGAGCCCUGUGCCCCUUAACUGCUUUGACCCACCCCCGUGGGAACGUUCUUCCAAAAUGAAUGACGAGUUUCUUCUCAACUCCCCUUUGUUAAUGGCAAUCCCAUGGACAGGGGGAAACAGUAAGGAUCCCUGGAGAUCCCCAGGGAAAGGAAUGGCACCUGCUGGGAAUGGUCAGACCUAGAAAAUGGGUCCAGGCUAAAUCCUCAGCGAUACCCAGGCUUUUGAUGCUGGUCAUUCUGAAUGUAAAGUGGGUUGGUUGGUUUAAAGUUAGUUUAUUUAUUUAUUAGAUGUAUUUAUUUAUUAGAUUUAUUUAUUUAUUAGAUUUAUAUAGCCGCUCAUCUCACAUGUGACUCUGGGUGGCGUAUAAGAAAAAAAAGUUAUCUGUACAGGGCAAUUACCUGAAGAGAGAGAGAGAGACACAUAUAUACACACACGUUUGUGUGUACGCGCACACAUACAACACAAAACCUUCUCUUCCCUAAAUGCAACAAGAACUCCGCAGUCUGCUGGGCAGGAGGCUCCAUUUAUUUUCCCUUAAAAUCCUAAAACUUCCCUCUGCCCACCAUUAUCUAUUCUAAUAACCUAUUAUUGCUCUGUUUUCUAUAACCAGUUCUCCUUAUGAUUUUGUGCCCAUUUCUGCAGAAUAUACUAUCCCCAUGCAAACUAACGCCUCCCUAAACCCGAUUGUCAGAGAGCUUCCUUCCUUC